AUGCUUGUAUAUAGUUCCCGAAAGGGGUUUGCCAUUGGGAGUACUGGCACAUCUGAAUCGGUGCCUGAAUCGAUGUCCCUUCAAGGAUGUGGUCUUGAUCGACUUCAAUGGAGUGAUCUUUUCGAAAAUCCUCAAAGUGAUGACAAUGAUGUAGAUGUAGCAGAGGUAGGGGGUGACGAAGUGGACAAGUCGUCAAAGAAACUUACACGUCAGCAGAAACGUGAACAACGUCAGAUGAAGAAGAUCAAUGCGGCACAGAAACGGAAGGCUAAGCGAGAACAAGAGUUGCAUAAUGCUAGUGCUAGCACCAAUUCAAGUACUGAUAUUUCACAUAAUCCAUAUGAUACCAAACUAAAGAUUAAAUCAGUAUAUUCCAAGAUUUUGGAAUUAUCAAAACAAGAGGGGAAUAAUGCAAGUGUGGACCAUAAGAUAAUCCAAUACCAUUCUAUAGCGCUUUACAAAUCAGACUUGGAACAUAUUCUCCCCGAAGAAUGGCUAUGUGAUAAUAACAUAUCAUUUGUAUAUGAGCUGAUUUGUAAUCUUGUGAUUAAGGAGUUUGCGCAUUCGCAUGAGAUAUAUCUCCUCUUUCCAUCAUUAGUUCAAUUGUUUCUUCAUAUGCCCUUCGAUCGAUCUGAUCCUUCGAUUCUUGAAGCAAUGCUCCCCAUGAAAGAAUUGAAAAGACUGAAAUUAAUAUUCAUUCCCAUGAACUACAUUGACGACUUCCAGUCUGUGGACAUGGAGGGUGAUAACAAUGGCGAUCAUUGGUUUCUUUGUGUGCUAUGUCUUCUAAAUAAUAAGCUCUACGUUUAUGACUCCAUGUACAGCGAAGAUGACGAUGAUUCUCUCUUGUUUGAGCUUUGUAAACGACUACAGCUCUGUAAAGGAUUGAUACUGAACCAGCGCAAAAUUGAUAUUGUGAAAAUGAACUGUGCUCAACAGGAUAAUUUCGACGAUUGUGGAGUUUUCUUACUUAUGUUCACUGCCAUUCUUGUUGGCAGAUUAAUCGAAGGAACAGAUGAAGAGCAGGAUCGCGACGUUAGUCUUGAUAUAAAGACAGAAAGGCCCGAUCCACUUCAAGGAAGACUAUUCAUUUUUAACCUAAUUCAUCAAUUGUAUAGGACACAAACCAGAAUUAAUAGACAAUAG